AUGUUUCAACAAGGAGUCUAUUUUUUGAUAGCAACAAUUAUUAUAAGCAGUCUAAACGCUCAAAAAGUUUCUUAUAAAAAUUACAAAGUUUAUACAUUUGAGACAUCAACAAAUGAACAUAAAGCUGUGAUUUUAAAAUUAAUUUACUCAGAUAGUCAGUAUUUGCCUUGGAAUGUUGUUCAUCCAAUGUCAUUAUUAGUUCCACCUAAUAAAGUACAAGAAAUCGAGACAGUAAUGAAGGCAUCUAACAUUAAAUAUAAAAUUACAAUGAAUGAUGUGCAAGCUGUAAUUGAUAGUCAAUCCAAAAAAGUGGGAGACAAAAAUAAAUUCGACUGGACACGUUAUCACACAUUAGAUGAAAUUAAUAAUUGGCUUGAUAAUCUUUCGAAAAAGUAUCCAGGAAAAGCUGAAAUCAUUAUUGCCGGACGUACAUACGAGGGUAGACAAAUUAAAGGUAUCAAAAUAUCAUUUAAAAAAAAUAAUCCUGGCGUUGUACUAGAGAGCGGUAUGCAUCCCAAUGAAUGGCUAUCACCAGCCACCACAACUUAUAUAAUCAACGAAUUUUUGAAUAGUAAAGACACAGAAAUUCGUAAAUUAGCUGAAACUUUUGAUUGGUAUAUCUUUCCAUCUCUAAAUGCUGAUGGUUAUGUAUAUUCUCAUACAACGGAUCGGCUUUGGCGUAAAACUGUUUCACAAGGUAAAAGUAAAUGCAUUGGUGUUGAUCUCAAUCGAAACUGGGGUUAUAAAUGGGCCCCAUGUACAAUACCAAAUUGUGAAUGCUAUACAUUUUAUGGAGGAACCAAAGCCUUUACCGAAAUUGAAGCGAUAACAUUUUCUGAGUACAUCAAAUCCAUUUCAUCAAAAAUAUUUUGCUAUAUAACUUUUCAUAAUCUUGGUCAACGUCUUGUGAUUCCAUAUGGAUAUUCAUCUGAGCGCAUGGAUAACUAUGAAGAUGCUAUUUCGAUUGGACAGAAAGCUGCUAAUGCCAUUUCUAAAAGAUACGGUACCAAAUUCAUUGUUGGAAACUUCGCUGAAGCCUUUACUGUUCUUCCUGGAUCAUCUAUGGAUUGGAUGAAGGGUGAAUUAAAAGUCCAAUUGUCUUAUAGUUAUCUAUUGCGUGAUACGGGCGAAUAUGGAUAUCUAAUGCCGCCAGAGCAGAUAAUUCCAAAUUGCCAAGAAACUAUGGAUUCCCUGCUUGUUUUAUUUGACGAAAUGAAAAAAUUUGGUUAUCCAAAAAAGUUCCCCGAGAUUCCAGAAAUUCUUAAUAUAAACCGAAGACUGACAACUUCCGGAUGA